GAAAAAAAAAUAAAUAAAUAUGGCGUUAAGUUCGUCGAUAUCUGUGCCGCAGACGCGUCUAUAAAAUAAGCAAAUUUCCACCAAAACAAUUUCGCUCCGCCUCUCAAAAUAUAAAUAAACAUAAAAUUGAAAUAAUAAACAAUUCAUAAACAAUAAUGAAAACCAGCACAGUUCAAUAAUUUAGUUAUAAUUCUACCACCAAAGCGCGAAGGACAAACAAAGGUUGGCUCCUAGUCUCGAUUAUGUGCCUCUGCCAUUGAACUCACAGAAGGAAAAAAAAAACAAGAGUAGAGAAGAAAAUUUGGAAAAUUUUGUUAGGUAUUCGAUGGAAAAAUACAUAAAUUUAUAUCAGUCUUGAAGAUAAUAAAAUAAAAAGGAAGAUAAAACAAAAAGAAACGCGAGAAUUUCACAAAAAAAAAGAAACAUUUAUCUCUGAAAAAGUCCUUAGCGACUGACGCGAAUGGUGUAUGAUAUCAUUGAGUGCAUUGCUAACAAAGUACACACUUGGAAUAAUGAGCAAUCUCAGCAAUAAUGGUGGUGGCCAGAAUUCCGCAGCCGAAGGGAGCAUGGAGCGCGGCAGUUGCCUGCUCAGAUAUGCCAGCCAAAAUUCAUUGGAUGAGAGCUCUCAAAAACACAUUCAACGUCCAAAUGGCAAAGAACGUACAGUUGGAUCUUAUCACAAUGAUAUGCACACUCAUCGUUCCUUCGAAGCAAUGAAUGAGAUGAGAAAACAAAAUCUCUUGUGCGAUGUUACACUUGUUGCCGAUGAAACAGAAAUUCCAGCUCAUAAAAUGGUUCUAGCUUCGUGUAGUCCAUAUUUCUAUGCCAUGUUCACUGGAUUCGAAGAAUCCCGUCAAGGUCGUAUCACACUUCAAGGAGUCGACCAUAGAGCAUUGGAGCUGCUGGUAGAAUACGUUUACACUUCGACUGUGGAAGUGAAUGAGGACAAUGUGCAAGUUCUCUUGACGGCAGCGAACCUCCUCCAGUUGACAGAUGUUCGCGAGGCAUGUUGCGACUAUCUCCAGACACAACUGGAUGCGAGUAAUUGUUUAGGUAUACGAGAAUUUGCCGAUAUGCAUGGAUGUGUUGAUUUGGUUAAUUAUGCCGACACAUACAUCGAACAGCAUUUUAACGAAGUAAUUCAGUAUGAUGAAUUCUUGAACCUUCAUCACGAUCAAGUCAUAAGUCUGAUAAAAAACGAUCGAAUUUCGGUACCAAGUGAGGAGAAAGUCUACGAAUGUGUCAUUUCCUGGAUCCGCUAUGAUCCAACGAUGCGCGAUCGAUUCACAGCCAAUCUGAUGGAACACGUUCGGCUGCCAUUUCUCUCGAAGGAAUACAUAACUCAACGUGUUGACAAGGAAUCGUUGCUCGAGGGAAACUUAAUUUGCAAGAAUCUAAUAAUCGAGGCUUUGACUUAUCACUUGUUACCGAAUGACACAAAGAGCACCAGGACCAUUCCCAGGAAACCAGUGGGAUUGCCAAAGAUUCUGUUGGUUAUUGGUGGACAGGCUCCGAAGGCCAUACGAUCGGUGGAGUGUUAUGAUUUGCGCGAAGAGAAGUGGUAUCAAGCUGCCGAGAUGCCAAACAGGAGAUGUCGUGCUGGACUUUCGGUCCUCGGAGACAAGGUAUACGCAGUUGGAGGAUUCAAUGGCUCACUGCGUGUGCGUACCGUCGAGGUCUACGAUCCAGCCACCGAUGGUUGGUCGACUUGCAACAGCAUGGAAGCCAGACGUUCUACUCUCGGCGUGGCAGUUCUAAAUGGCUGCAUCUUUGCUGUUGGUGGCUUUGAUGGCACCACGGGUCUCUGCAGUGCUGAAAUGUUCAACCCCAAGACCCAAGAAUGGCGCUUCAUCUCCUCGAUGUCAACUCGCCGUAGUUCCGUGGGAGUUGGUGUAGUGAAUGGCCUCCUCUACGCCGUCGGAGGAUAUGAUGGAUUUUCUCGACAGUGUCUAUCAAGUGUCGAACGCUACAAUCCCGAAACUGAUACUUGGUCGCCUGUCGCCGAUAUGGGUGCACGUCGUAGUGGUGCAGGAGUUGGUGUCCUCAACAACAUCCUUUAUGCAGUUGGUGGACAUGAUGGACCUCUGGUUCGCAAAUCUGUGGAAGCCUAUGACCCGGAAUCGAAUCAAUGGCAUUCGGUGGCUGAUAUGUCAUUCUGCCGUCGCAACGCUGGCGUAGUCGCUCACGAUGGACUUCUCUAUGUUGUCGGAGGCGAUGAUGGAACUUCGAACUUGGGUUCAUUUGAGGUCUACAGUCCAGAUAGCGAUAGCUGGAGAAUUUUGCCAACUUCCAUGGCCAUCGGACGCAGUUACGCUGGUGUAUGUAUAAUCGAUAAGCCCAUGUGAAUGGAAGAGCAGGGUGCGAUAGCACGUCAAGCAAUAACAGCAAAUGGUGAUGAUGAGAAUAGCCAAGCCGAAGGGGCAGCUGAAGGUGCAGUUGGCUAUGCACGUUCAAUUGCCGAGGGUAACAAUAACAUCCAUGCCCAACAACAACAACUUCAACAACAACAAAAUCAUCCACACUAUGAAAACAUCUAUGAGUCUAUUGAGCAGUAUGCAGCUGGUGAUGCUGUUGCUGCUGCUCCAAUUAAUAACAACAACAACAAUAACAAUCAGCAACAACCAGCUGCCAAUAACGCUGCUGGUGGUGGUGCUGGUGUUAUUGCUGCUGCUCCUGCUGCUGCUGCCGCUUGCGUUGCUAUUGCCCCUGCUGAAGCAAAUCAUAUUGAAAAUUUGGAUCCAAAUCAACAACAACAACAGAUACCCCAACCAAUGCCACAACAAGGUGUCCCACCACAACUCCAACCCCAACAAGCACAAGCCCAAGUCCAAAUCCAAAUCCAACAAAACAAUGCACAAGUAGCUGCCGCUGUUAUAAACAAUCUCAAUCAAAGAUCCAACGGCAAUGGCAACAACAAUAACAACUCCAACAAUGCCAACCCCAACAAUGCGAAUAACUUGAAUAUUGGAUACCGCAAUGAUCUGUACGACCGCACAAACAAUUCUCCGGCGUAUGAUGUCCCCAGGUCAGUGAGAAGUGGCCUGGGAAUGCGUCGGAAUUUACAGCUUGACUUGCAUGGCUUGAAUCGAAAUCGAUGUGGAUUCGGAGCAGGGCCAUCUGGGACGAACAGUUUAAAGUCCGGAUCAGCUCCUCCGUUUUAUGCCUGCCGACAGAGGAGCUUCGACGAUACCGAAUCGCAUCAUUACUACAACAUGAACUACAAUCCCAGCCUGCGCUAUGAGAACAUCUACGAGCAAAUCAAAGACGAGCCGAUUUAUCGCAAUGUGAAUGGUGGCUCUGCCCGUGUCUAUGGAAGGCUGAAUGUCAUCGGUCAUGGAAUCGGACGCAUUGAGAGGCACUUGAGCUCUUCCUGCGGCAAUAUCGAUCAUUACAAUCUCGGUGGACACUAUGCCGUGUUGGGCCAUUCACAUUUCGGAACUGUGGGACAUAUUCGUUUGAAUACUACUUCAGGGGUGAAUGGUGCUCCAACGGCAGCUGGUUUGGCACAGCAAAAGGACAAUAAUGUCAAAAAUAGCACAUCGUCGUUUUUCAGUUGCUUGGGCGGGGAGAAUUCUCAGAGUAUGAAUAAUAUUUACAGAGCAACUGGCGGGGGGCCAGGUGGACAAGCUGCUCCAAAAGAAAACUCGAAUACUUUGCAUGGGCCAAGCUCAUCGAACCGUCCUUCGACAUCUGCUGCUGCUGCUGCUUGUGCUGCAACGACCAGCGGAACCAUAUCACGACCAACAGGUGCAAUUCCAAAAAUGAAGCCAACAUCCAAACUGACUCCUAUUUCAAAUCCGCCAACCGCUCAAACUGCUCCUGCACAACCGAUCCCUCAAAAUGCCACAAAAACUCCCUCGAGUCCAGAACAUUCGAGUACUCUAAAUCGCAUAUCAAAGUCAUCACUUCAAUGGCUGCUGGUGAAUAAAUGGCUACCCCUGUGGAUUGGUCAAGGUCCAGACUGCAAGGUUAUCGACUUUAAUUUCAUGUUCUCCCGGAACUGCGAUGGUUGUGACUAUACAACCACAGAUGGCACACCAGUGCCAAUUCAGCAACCUCUCCCGCAGGACAUUGUUCGCUUUAACGGCCGCGCCGAAAUGCAUGCACGACGCGAUCCAAGCGGGCGACCAUUGAAGAGCACCCUCUCCAGACUCAAGGAAUCGGAAUUGCCCGGUCGAAAUCGCAUCGAGGAGAAUAACUACGAGAAUGUCCAUGUCCACUGGCAGAAUGGCUUUGAAUUCGGUCGAUCACGGGACAAUCAAGGAGUUCAAGGAGCUCAAGUCGCCGCCGAACAGUCACGACCAACUCUGACACGCGCCCGAUCCGAGAGUCCGAAUUUCAGCCAACGAAUACGCAAGCAACGUAAAGAUGCUAAAUACUCCGAUCCAUUCAAGAACUACGAACUAAAUACCGAGAAUAACACUUUCAAACCGAGAACAUCGGCAGCAAGAGAGCGAAGCAACGGUUCAUUCAGUUUGCGAGAGGAUUCUUCCGCCGAUGAGUAUCAAGCAGCUGCGUCUAUCGAGAGUGUUUCUAUUGAAUCAGAGAGCAUCGAGAUUGCCGCUGCUGCUGUUCUAAUAGAAGCUGCUCCAAUAGUCCUCGCAGUACCCGAGGAACCCCUCGAUCCCGAUGGAAUCGUGGUUGUUGAAGAAAUCGAUCUGCCGAACGAUUCGACUCAAGACUAAUUCGUAAUCGAACAACAACAAAAAAUCCCCUUAUGUAUUCAUAAAAUAUGCCAAUUUUUGUCUGUAGACAUUUUUUGAAAAGAACAAAAAAAGUUAUAGUAUUUAAACUUACAUUUUAAAUGUUAAGCAAACACAAAAAAAAAAACAAAUAGAAUGAUGAUAUUUUAUGCAUGCAUUUAUGCACUUUAAAGACCUUUCAAUUUUGAAACUGCAAGGAUAUAAAAAAACACUACUUUUUAGAUAUGAGUUGUUUUUUAAGCGUUAUUAUUAUUAUAAUCUAUCUGUAUACCAUUAGAAUAGAUGACUGCCCCUUUUGUUGGUUAUGUUGUAUUGUCUUGCACCUUAAUAAAUAAAAGGUUGUGUUAAAUUUUUUUCCAUGAAAGUUUUUGAUAUUUAUUUAUAAUUUAUAGGUUACGAUAAGUAUAUUCUCUUUUUUUUGUGUUUUUCUUUGUGCAUUAUUUAUUUUAUAAAAAUGUUUAUUCUAAAGAAAACUAAUUAUUAUGUGUUCAAAUAAAUAAUUCUGUUUUCUCUAUUAAUAAAAUGAUAAAGAAUGUAGUCAUAUUAAAGAAAAAGAAACAUUUACUUGAAAAAUG